AUGCCGGGCCACAUCCCGGACCUCAUGCCGGGCCACAUCCCGGACCUCAUGCCGGGCCUCAUUCCGGACCACAUCCCGGGCCACAUCCCGGACCUCACGGUCCCCCGCACGGACCUCCGAAUCAUCCCCCCCAUGCCUCACCCCAUCCCCCUUCCCAAAACCAACCGCACCCCUCCUCUCACCCAUCCCCGCACCCUCCCCCUCACAUGCUCCACUCCCUCCCCUCCCAGUCAUCCCCACAUCCCCCAAACCACCCCCCCAAUCCGGACCUUAUCCCUCUCAGCAUCCUCAUCCCCCCCAUCCCCAACACGCCCCCCAUCCCCCCCAUCCCCAGGGAAGACAGGGUCCUCACCAUGCCUCCCCCGCCCCCUCCCCCCACCCUCGCAACCAAACAUCACCACCCCCCCAGCACUUCUCACACCCAGACUCGACCCGAGAGGGUUCACUCCCCCCCCACCCCAUGCCUCCCCUCCACGAACCCCCUUUCCCCCACGCGAACCCCCACUUCUCGUCCCUCCCGCCGACCCUCUCCUCCUCCCACCCUCCCUCCCACCCUCCUUCACACGCUCCCCCGCACCACCUCUCACACCCUCCCACCGCUCCCAACCAUCCUGCCAACCCAUGCCACCUACUAAUCGGCAAGUCAUGCACGAUAGGCCGUCGUUUCAGGACCGCCCUCCCCCCUCCUCUCACCCUCAGUUCUUAGGGCAGCAUGAGCAGCACAAUCAGCACAACCUCCCCACAUGCCACCUCCCCCGCACAAUCCAAACUUCAACAACCCUCCUUCUCACUUCCCCAGGGAUUCUGGUCCGGGAAGGCCUGGGUUUCCCGAGCCUCCAGGCCCGGGGAGGCAGAGAUUUUCCGAACCCGCCAAACGGAGCAGCUAAUAACGCGGCGGCGGCGGCUCCGCCUGUCAAGGACGCAACGGCGAGUUCUAGAAGCGGGGGCGGCACAAUCCUUGGAGCCGUGGCGCUCAUUAUAGGAACGUCUGUCGGCGCGGGCGUGCUGGCGCUUCCCGCGGAAACUGCUCCUGCGGGUGUUUUCCCCUCGUCGUUCGUGCUGAUAGCCUGCUGGGCCUUCCUGUGUCUCGAGGCCUUGCUGCUGGCGGAAGUCAACGUCGCUCUCAUUAAGGAUCGAUCCGCGACUCUAGGUCCGGUGGGCGGCACUGUAGCUACAGUAGCAUACGUGUUUUUAUCCUUCACCCUUAUAGUCGCAUAUUUUGCAAAAGGAGGGGAAGUUUUGGCGUUUGGUACUGGUCUCCCCAAUUGGGUGGGUGCAGUGGGGUUCUUUGCGGUGCUGGGUGGUUUAAUUUACAGCGGCAGCACCAGAACAGCGGAUAUAAUAAACCGGGUAUUGACAGCCGGUUUGCUGGGGAUAUUUACCCUGCUGGUCUGCGGAGGGGCAGCAAUCGCGGACUGGGAUGAGCUGGCAGUUGCUGAUUGGUCAGAAAUGCCGACCACUCUUCCCGUGAUCUUCCUCGCAUUGGUCUUCCACGAUUUGAUUCCCGUGAUCUGCACGUAUCUGGACGCGAAUCUGGGGAAGAUUCGGGCGACAAUCGUGAUCGGGAGUGCAGCACCCCUGACGAUGUUUCUAGUCUGGGACGCCAUUGCUCUCUCUAUCUCUCCUUCCUCCCUCACUUCUGCCGCCGCUGCCGCCGCCGCUGCUCCUGCCGGUGCUUUCUCCCUCACCUCCCUCUCCUCCGCCGUCUCCUCUCUCUCCUCCUCCCUCUCCCACCUCGCCUCCUCCCUCCCCUCCUCUUUCUUCACCGCCCUCUCCACUCCCUCACUCACUCCCUCACUCCCUCAUUCGCUCUCCACGUCCUUCCAAGACCCGCUGAACCUCCUCCUGCUGCAAGGCUCGCCUCUCCAAUCCUCUGUCGUUCUCGCCUUCUCUUUCCUUGCCGUAGCAACAUCGUUCCUCGGCACAUCACUAGCCCUGGCGGAAUUCUUUAUGGAGCAACUGGGGUUGAUAACUGUGGGUGACAAGAGGAGAGGAGGCGAGGAGGAGCGACUGGGAUUAGUAACUGCGGGUGUCAGGAGGAGGGAGGAGGAGCAGAUGCGGGAGGAGCUGACAGAUCCCUCUGGUCCCUCUGCGGGUGUCAGGAGGAGGGAGGAGGACCAGAGGGAUCAGGCUCUGGAGCAGCAGGAGGGAGGCGUUACUGUUGGUGAUAUCAUGGAAACCGGGUUAGGGUUCGUGAGAUCGCAUGUGGGGGAGGUGGGGAUCCCUGUGGCCAGUAAGCAAGACCAGGAGCAGCAGGAGGGUGGAACCAACGGUCUGGAUUUCAUGGAAACCGGAUUAGGAUUUGUGAGGUCGCAUGUGAGGGAGGUGGGGUUUCUUUUGGCCCUCUGCCCGCCUCUGCUGGUGGCUUUGGCGAAUCCUGGCGCGUUUGUGGCGGCGAGUAAGGCGGCUGGCGCUUACGGCAUGACUGUGCUGUAUGGGAUCAUGCCUCCAUUGAUGUUCUACGCGCAUCACAAGCAGGAAGCAACAGUGUGUGACCCAGCAACCAAGGAUUGUUCAACACACCACCGCUGGUUGGAGCCGGGAGGCAGCUUUGCCUUAGCCAGCAUGGGGGCCUGCGCUUUCUCCGUCAUCGCCGGGCAAGCGCUGCUUGAUUCUUCGCUUGACACUUCAUUUCUGUCUUCACGAGGGGAAGGAGGGGCGUUUGUACUCGCUCAGAGCGACUCGGAAGCGGUAUCUGCGGACCCUCCCGCGUCGCGGAGUGGCGGCGGCACCAUUCUCGGUGCAGUCACGCUCAUUAUUGGCUCGUCCGUCGGCGCGGGCGUGCUGGCCUUGCCAUCCGAAACCGCUCCUGCGGGCUUCUUUCCUUCGUCAAUGGUCCUCAUCGGCUGUUGGGCCUUUCUCGUCCUUGAAGCGCUGCUGCUGGCCGAAGUCAAUGUCUCGCUGCUCAAGGAGCGAUCCGAUAAAAGCAACACCGCUAACGCGUCCGGUGCCGAGGCUGAGCGAGGCUCGGACGUCCUCUCCUACCGAACCAUGGCCGAGGCUACACUCGGGCCUCUGGGCGGCACGAUAGCAACCGCGGCGUAUUUAUUCUUGUCGUUUACGCUGAUGGUGGCGUAUUUCGCAAAGGGCGGCGAAGUGAUGUCGUUGGGGACGGAUCUGCCACGUUGGGUCGGUGCAUCGGGGUUCGCAACGGUGCUCGGCGGUUUGAUCUACUGCGGAAACACGCGCACCGCUGACCUCGUCAACCGAGCUCUGACCGCCGCCCUGCUCGGAAUCUUCGCGGCUCUGGUUUGCGGAGGCUCCACGCUGGCGGACUGGGACCAGCUGGGCUUCGCUGAUUGGUCCGACAUGUCAUCCACGCUCCCCGUCAUCUUCCUCGCGCUCGUCUUCCACGAUCUCGUCCCCGUCCUCUGCGCGUACCUCGACGCGGAUCUCCGGAAGAUCCGCACCGCGCUCCUCAUCGGCAGCUCCGUGCCGCUCGCCAUGUUCCUAACCUGGGACGCCAUCGUGCUAUCCAUAUCGCCGACCUCCAUCGCCGCCGCCGGCGCCGCCGGAGCCGCUGCCGGCACUAACGCCGGGGAUCUCGCCUCGUCCGUCCUCUCGUCCGUUACCGCCGUCGGAUCGUCGUUCGCGAAUCUCGCGUCGUCGUUCCCCACUUCUCUAGCCACUGCGCUCUCCGCCCCCGCGUUUCCCGCUCUCGCGUUCCCCGCGCAGGACCCUUUCCAGCUGUUCAUGCACCAGGCCACGCCCCUCCAAUCAGCCGCCGUCCUCGCGUUCUCGUUUCUGGCCGUUGCCACGUCAUUCCUCGGUUCCUCCCUCGCGCUCUCCGAGUUUUACAUGGAGCAGAUCGGAAACCUGGUUUUUGGCGGGAAAACCGCGGAGGCCAAAGCGGAGGAUCAGGAGCAGAAGCAGCAGGAGGGUGGUGCAAGAGGGGUUGAUAUUAAGGAGGCUGGAUUAGGGUUUGUAAGGUCGCAUGUGAGGGAGGUGGGGUUCCUUCUGGCCCUCUGCCCGCCUCUCGCGGUUGCUUUAGCCAACCCAGGCGCGUUUGUCGCGGCGAGCAAGGCAGCUGGCGCAUACGGCAUGACCGUGCUGUACGGUAUCUUGCCGCCAUUGAUGUUCUACGUGCAUCAUAAGCAGCAGGCUGAGAAGGAGGCUAAGGCGACAGGUUCGGCAGGAGAUUCGUUCUGGGUGCAGCCAGGUGGCAGCCUCGCGUUGGCCAGCAUGGGCGGGUUAUCGUGUGCUGUGAUUGCUGGCCAGGCGAUGAUCGAUGCAUCUGUGAUUUCACCUGGCUCGCUUGCUUCCCCUCAACCAGCAAUCGUUUUGGCCCAAGGAGAUCGCGAUUCCAUGGCUGAUAUCCCCUCUAGAAGCCAACUCACUAUGGCCACAAUCCGAAGCCCCGUUGCUGCUGGUGCUAUGGAAGCUCCCCUCGUUUAUGCCAGCCAAUCACUCGCUGCCAGCUGCAUGACCGCCCCUCCAACCUCCGAUCUCCAGCACGAUGCGUUCUUGAACCUUCGGGAGUCUGCGUCGUCGAACCCCCUCCUGGCUCCGUUACCCGUUUCGCACACCUCACAGUGUCUGACGUUCACGAUGUCGGACCUGGAGACGUUUGAUUCGACACAGGAGACCCUGAUUGUGGAUAUUUGA